AUGGGCCGUAGAAUGCGCCUCACUCCGGCGCCGAUAUACAUAUUCCUUCUCAUCUGUACCGGUGGCUAUGCUUUUAUACCUGGCGUGGAUGGUCCCGUAUCCAACGUAGAGGCUCUGGAGGGAGGUGAUGUCACCCUGCUCUGCGACUCCACGCCAGACUCCUCCGACGACGAGUUCAUGAUCCUGGUGUGGUACAAGAAUAAUAUGCCCAUAUACAGCUUCGAAGUCCCGGACAAGCAAUGGUCGGAGCCAUCUUUCAACACGACCGCCAGACUUCGGGCAGACAUCAUCAGCCAGCCGACUUCUGUCACGAUAGCCUCGCUGUCAGAAGACGACCAGGCCAUGUACCACUGCAGGGUCGACUUCCGACUAUCACCCACCAGAAAUGUCGGCAUCAAUCUUACUGUUGUCGUUCUCCCAAGCCCUCCUUUCUUCAUGGAUGAGAUGAGCAACAAGGUGGUCGGCAGAGUGGGUCCUUACCAUGAUGGAGACACCUUAGUGCUGCGCUGUCUUGUCAUCGGAGGUCGUCCACCACCUCGCAUAAGCUGGUACUCCGGCGAAACGCUGGUGGAUGCUUCGGAUGGUGACAGUGAGAUCCCAGCAGUCCGUGAGAACGAGCUCUAUCUUCCUCUAACCAGGGACAAUGCUGCUGCCCUCUCCUGCAGAGCCUCGAACACGCAUCUAUCGCCACCUAUCGUAGCUAGCUUGGAGAUUGAACUGUAUUUACCAGCGUACAACGUGUCUAUCCACUGGGUGCGUGGUACUGUGGGUGAUGCCCUGCGCGCCGGCAGCAUUGCACUCGCGCAGUGCACGGCGCGGGGCUCCUACCCACAGCCUGAGCUAUCCUGGUGGCUCGACCACAAGCACCUCACACAUCAUAGCAAUCAGACGUGGUUCAAUUCAUCUCUGACAGCGAUAUCGUACCUAGAGCUGAGCCCAGCGGUCGGUGACAAUGGCGCUACCCUCGCUUGUGUCGCAACCAAUCCAGUAAUGGCGCCCAACCGGGGCUCCAAGGCCGAUGUCAUAACACUUAAUGUGACAUAUAGUCCAAUGGUAGACGUGAUAAAAUUGGGCGAUGGCAAUUUGAACGACGUUGUGGAGUUGGAUUCUCUACAAUUAGAAUGUGACGUCAGAGCGAACCCACCGGUUGAGCAAUUUACAUGGUAUUUUAAUGAUUUAGAGAUAAGGCCCGGUAAUAUCUGGGGUGACGCGACAUCUUCACACCAGCUGUUGGUGGAGGAGACGACGCGAGCGCACGCUGGCCGGUACGCAUGCGCCGCGCGGAACGCUAUAGGAGAGACCAGAUCUGAGACCAUCGUUAUUACUGUUUUCUACCCACCAGAAUGUACGGGUUACGGCAUAAGACUUGUGAAAGAGACGGUACACUGCGUCGUCAAGGCGUUGCCAACUCCAGACACGUACUUCUGGCACUUACAACCUGCAGGCUUCGAAGUCCAGCACCUUACCACGGGGUCCCCUAUAUUACCCUUGGAUCAGAUCACGGGACCCUUAGCAGAGACCUUGAGGGCCAGUUGUGAGGCCAGCAAUGGGAUUGCGUCACAAGAGGAGCCCUGUGACAGGAUAUUUACCUUUGAGCACUUGAGGCCACCUCAGCCUCAGUUGUGCGAUAUCACUUAUGAGUUCGGGGAGUUCCAGAUGAGGUGUAUUCCAGUGGAAAACGCAACAUACUAUGAAGUCUCAGUAUGGAGGAUGUCGGAAAGUAACUCCACUUUAGUACUGGAGCGUCGCGCCAGUAUGGGUUUCGGUAGUGGACGAGCUUUAGCAGCUGGUGGACCUGGGCUUAAUGCACCCAGCACCGCACUAGCUGGUGGCCUGGCUGUUCGAGCUGGUCUCGGUGCUGUCAGAAGAGGUGAUGAGGCUGGUGCAAGAGCCUGCAAUAGAUAUGGAUGCUCCGCUCCACUGCUUCUCCGGCCUACAGAUACGUUGCUACAUGCUGCUGAUCCACCGUGGUGGCAUUUUUUCCUAGACAGAGACGUGGGUAUAUCACUGGGUGCCGUGGUACUGGUGGCAGUGUUCCUAAUAUCCUCUGUGCUGGUGGUGCGGCUGGCUCGAAGGCCGCGCUCCAAGCCGCAGCCCGUCAUACAGGUGCUGCAGCUCGACGACGUAGCUAGAAACUAUCUGGAUAAUAUUGGAGAGCACAAAGUGCACGCAUCAUGCAGUUUACGGUCCUGCAGCAGCGGCUACUCGGAUGGGUCAGGUGACUCAGCGCCACCUGUCGAGCGGCGCCGCAAACCUGCCUGGGAUCAGCGCUGGGAACCUCCCCCUCCCGACGUCACCCUCACGUUACACAGAGAAAGCGCUGUUUGA